UACAUAUAUAUUUUGUAUCAAAAAAGCUCUCUUUAACCAUAUUCUAAGAAACCUAAUCUCUUGGAACAUACACGCCCAAAAGAGCAUGCCAUCAGCAAAGCAAAAAACAUCGGUCUUCGCAAAAAAUCAAUCCAAAUCUGAAUUUUUCCAUGAAAGCAAGUCCAACUCCAAAUUAUCUUCAUUUUCAUCCUCUUCGAAUGCCUCGCCACUGUCCUCAGAAACAUCGCUUUCAAAUUAUGAAGAAGAUGAACAGGAAAAGAUAGACUUUUUUCAAGAUUUCUAUGAAACCGAUAGCGAAUCCCUGGAGGAAGAGGAACCUGUCCAUCUCAGCCGUCCAACAUUGGAAGCAAAGGUUGAGUUUUUAAAAGAUUUUGCUUCAGUUCCUGAUUUAGACAAAAUAUCCGAGGAAGUUAGUACCAAGGUCUCGAUAACGAACACUACAAAAGCUGAAUAUCCUACUCAGCAGCAAAGUGAUGUGGGAUAUUUUGCGGAUCCAUUAACGGGAAACAGAAUACUCUCCAUUUCUUCUGUGUCAGUUGUAAAGAAGGAGCUGCCAAAGUUGGAAGAUGACAAAAAAGGCAGUUUUGCUACAUUUUUGGAAUUGGAAGAAAUGGAUGUUGAAGAGGAAGCCGAUGAAAUAGAAGAUUUGGUUUUGGAUUUUAAUCAGGAAGAAGAUAAAGAUUUAAAUAACCCAAUCGAUGAGGAGAAGGCCUUAGAAACUUUCUUUGAAAUGGAAAUGCAAAAACAGACUUCAGCUACCGAUCACAGUAUCGAUUGGGAGGCCAUUUUGAAACAACAACAACAGCAACAUCUCUGCGAAUCAAUUUCAAAACUUCUUAACGAUCUCAUUGAUAAAGUUGUGGAAUCCGCAGAAUAUAUAAACCCCGAAGUUAUGCUACGUAAAAAUUUAGACAAACAUAAAUUGAUAUCGGAAAUUUCCAAAACAGUACGCCAAAGAAAUGUUGAGCGUAGCGUUUGUGAGUUUCUCAAUCGUAAAGUUCUUGAUUAUUUUAAGCGUAAAAAAAUAUUUCGCUCCAUUAUGCCGGAUAGCAAAAGAUAUGCUGGAUUGGAAAUGCGCAAAUAUUACCAAAAUAUCCAACAUUUGGAUGAUUUAUUGGCAAAGGAAGCCAGUGUUAAGUUGAUGGCGCUGCAGACUAAACAGAAAUUGGAGAAUGAUCUGAGCGAAGCCAGAGAGAGAAGUGAGCGGAUGGUAGCAGAGUUGGAGAAUGUGAUGAGAAGGAGUUUAUAUUGUGAAACGCGUCCCAGGUGUAAUGUGCUGAUAGAAAAACUUCUUAUUGAAAUGGCCAAAUAUCGACAAGAGGUACAUGAAGUUCGAUUUGAAUUAAUUCUUAAACAACAUGCUGAGGCCAAUUUAAGAGAGAAAUUAUCCAAAAUCCAAGACCUAGGCAAUGGAUUGACAAUGAAAAGUUUUGAGGGUCUGCACAAUGAAACACAAAUUUUAGAUCACAAGAUUGAAGAACGCAACAUCGAAUUGCGAAAGCUACAUGAACGCCUGCAAAGAGACAUUCAUGCCAUGGCCCAUUACAAGGAGCAGCAGAAAAUGUCACGCAACUCUAUGAUGGCCCAACGUUUGGCUAUGGGCGAAUUGUUAGAGGAAAAACAACAACUACGGCAACGUAUCUAUGAAUUACGAAUGAAACGUAACAGAAUCAAAAAACAACUGCAAGAAUUAAGUUUUGAAAGUGGUCUCUUAGACAAGCCGUCUUUGAUGCUGGACUAUGAUGAGACACAUAAUAUGAUUGUACAACAGCGCGACACUAUAAAUUGCCUACAGAAAAAAAUCAGGGACCUGGAAAGGAAAAUCAAAAAAAAAUUGAAAAGAGUGUGGUGAAGAGAAGGUAUUCCUAAGAGGAGAAUGAAUUUUAAUAGAGAUUUUAUUUUUUUAAGGGUUAUUAAUUGUAUUCAUUAUGGUUUCCGAUGUAGCCACAGUGUGACAAUAAAGAUAGGAUUUUUUCCUAUGAAUAUUACG